AUGCUGAUGCUGACCACCAGGGUUUCCGUCACGGAUCGUAUUGCUUCUAAGCCUUCGAUUCAGUUUAAAGAGUCCGAAGGGUACAUUACAAUUCCCAAGAGCGACCAGCCAGACGACGUGGAGACCUUUAAGUUCAACAUGUCAAACAUUAGCAAAGAUAACAAUUCUCAAAGCUUUGAAUGCAUCCAACAAAGUGGAUCAGGUUCUGAAGCCUUGCAACUCAGUUGCCUGGGGACAAUAAAGAAUAAAAUAACAGUAUGUCCAACAAGCGAGUCCAUUCAGGUGACCAGAGAGCGCGUGAUCCAGGCAGAAGAGGCUGACCAGAAGAGAAGUGCAAAGUUUGUUAGUCCUGAUGAACCAGCUGUAGCCAAAAGAAAGCUACAACUGCUUCCAGAUGCUCCGCCCAAGGCAAAGAAAUCCAAAGCCAAAGCUCCUGCUGCCAAGGAGCAGAGGACUCCAACACACAAGGCUGUGGUUAAGCAACCCUACAAGGAUAGGAUUAUUCACCUGCUGGCCCUGAGGAAUUACAAGAAGCCAGAGCUGCUGUUUCGCCUGCAGAGAGAUGGCAUCAGCCCCAAGGACAGGGACCGCCUUGGCUCAAUCCUUCACCAGGUAGCCACCCUGAACCCCAAGGACAACUCUUACAUUCUGAAUGAUUAUUAUUUUACACAAGUCCGGAAAGAUUGGCCUGGGUACACUGAUGCAGAGAAGCAGUCACUGGAGUUAAUACUUUCUAGGAGAUUAAAUGCCUCUCAGGAUGAGACCAGCAGCACUGCCACAGCUGAGAAAGAGGAGACAUCAUCACCUCCAUAUAAGCUGAGCUGGAGUCUGAGUUCUUUUGAUCCUCUGCUGAGUGAGAAGCUGCAGAAGGCCAAGGCUAAGCAGACCAAUGAAGGCCAGGCCAGCGAGAGCUCCAGCAAGACAGCCACUGCCAUCCACUCAUCACCUUCUUGCUCCACCACUGCACCUGCUCCUCAGCCAUGUCCUUCCAAGCCCCAUCCCCCUGCCAAGCGCCCUCAAACAGCCACCUCCAGCUCCUCCAGCGCCCCUAAGAUCCGGAGGAUACAGGAGCUGCCAAUAGACAUCUUCAGUUCAGAAAGCACCAACACCCGUUGGGGCAAGAAGCCUGCAGUGUCACACCAAAAACCCACGGUGGUGACAAAGGACAAAGAGAAGGCCAAAAGCAAACCACUGAACACUGUGGUUGAGGUGAAGAAGAGGGAGGAGAAGAAACAGCUCACGAAAGAAGAAGCUGCCCAAAUGGAAAAACGUUUCUGCUUGGGUUCAGGAGUUAAAGAAACUUGCACUGCCUCCAAGGAUGCUCCUUCAUCAACAAGUGAGCAACCAGACUACCUCCUGAAAUAUGUGCCUGUUGUCUCACGAGAGCAACGCCAGAGCUAUGAGAAUGACUUCAAUGCAGAGUUUGAUGAGUACAGGAGGUUGCAUGCUCAGAUAGAUGCUGAGGUCAAGAAGUUCACCAAGUUCCAGGAGCAAUGGAAACUUCUGUCUCCAGGCUCCCAAGACUACAUGGCCCUUCAGAAGAAGAUUAUAGAUGAGUAUCAGAAGUUACAACAGGCUAGCCCCAGCUACUCUGAACUGAAGCAGCGUGGGGAGUACCUCCACAAGAAGCUGUCUCACAUCAAGAGCCUGGUAGAGGAUUUUGAUAGACAGCAAGGAAAGUCGCAGCCUAAAUGA